ACAGGACAUAAGAGGACAUCCUACAGAAGCUCUGUUGUACAAGGAUGGCCUGGCUGAUCUCCACCUUAGGGCUCAUUAUCAUCUCCUUGGCUCAGGGAAUGCCCACUCCUUUGGCAGGGAAGCAUGCCAGGAUCCCUCUUCAGCAGGCACACUAUGGAUCACAGCCAUCAUCCAGCCUGCACAGAACAAUGCAUUCCCAGAGCAUGAAGCAUUCUCUCUACAUGAUGCAGCUGUACAAGGCCCUCAUCAUGGGGAAUGAGACAGAUCUAUCCAGCCUGAAACAUUCUGUCCUUCAAGAUAGUGACACGGUGCUAAGCCUCACUGCCAAAAGUUGCUCUGUAGUGGACAAUCGUUGGGUUCUUUCCUUUGACAUUUCCUCCAUCUCCAGCAAUAAUGAAAUACAGUUAGCAGAGGUGAGAAUUAAUUUUCCUUCUUUGAAGAAAACUCAUCCUGUGAUCCUGGACAUCUAUCACAGUGAAGAUGGUCAAGAGAAGAUCUUCCUUGGAUCAUUGCCUACAAUUUCCUCUAGUCUUCUAGGAUCUUCCUGGAAAGUCUUCAACAUCACCAAAAAGCUUAAUUAUUAUGUUCAGCACAGCCAGAAUUUCCACAAGGAAGCAUAUACUAAUGAUAUGGACAUGCCAGAGAAAGAUCAGGAGACCAGCUGUGGAGAUUUAUCUACUGACAGAGUUGUAUUGGUGGUGUUUAUCAAGGACAAACCUUCUACUAACCUUAAUGGAUAUCCCAACCUCAUCCAGACAGUGGAAUCAUCUAAGUAUGUAAUGACCACAGAGACAAGAAGUAAUGCUGACAUUCGGAGAUUCAGGAAUACCAGACAUGCAAAUCACAGCAUUAUAAUGAACAGCAAACCCAUGGAAGAGGAGAGAUCCCUGUGCAGAAGGGUUGAUAUGAUUGUGGACUUUGAAAAGAUUGGAUGGGGGAACCAAAUCAUCUACCCCAAAUCAUUCAAUGCAUACAGAUGUGAAGGAGCCUGUCCCGUCCCACUGAGUGAGAUCCUCAAGCCAACAAAUCAUGCCUACAUUAAGAGUUUGGUGAAAUUAUACAAUACAGAGAGAGUAGAAUGUUUCUCCUGUGCUCCAGUCAAGAUGAGACCCCUGUCCAUGAUGAUGUACGAGGAUGGGGAGGUGGUGAUGAAACAUCAUGAAGAUAUGAUUGUAGAGGAAUGUGGAUGUCAUUGAGGAUGCAUGCAUUUAUGAAUAUCUGAUGAACAUAUGAGAGCUACUAACCUGUCAUGCAAAGCCGCCUAAAGGGCUCACAAAGUGAGUGGCC